UCUAAAUUCUAAUUCUGAAAAAAAGAUACCGUAUGCGGUUUUAAUUUAUAUUGGUUAUAAUCUUAUAAAUACGUGUAAAUCCAGCGUAACUCUGAUGUAUACUAAGUAAAUGAUAAUUAUUUAUCACACAGUGUAAAAGUUGAGUAUGAAUGAUUAAAUACUUUUGAAAAUUGGGCGUGUUCGAAAUUUUGUGCUUUAUAAAUGCCGUGACUAAUGUUUUAAAAAAUGAGCAAAAUGUCAAAGAAUAAAUUAAACUUGACCCUUCCACCAGGGUCUAUAGAUACGGCGCCGGCAGUGACGCCAACUAAUAUGACUCCACAGCUUAAAUCUGCAACAGGCACUGAGCGUCAGGGGUUAGCUGGCAAGUCUAAGUCAAGCAUUGAAGCUCUAACAGAGAGAUUGGAGCAAAUUGAAAUGGAUGACACCCAGAGGAGGAGAAUUGAAGUAUUCCUUUGCCAAAAAGAGAAAAUUGGAGAGCUGAGUGAUGAUGACUUUGAAAAACUUGGUGAACUAGGCCAAGGCAACGGGGGUGUUGUGAUGAAAGUCCGCCACAAGUCAACGGGUCUUAUAAUGGCUAGGAAGUUGAUACACCUAGAAGUGAAGCCAGCUAUAAAGAAGCAGAUCAUAAGAGAGCUGAAGGUACUCCACGAGUGUAACUUCGCGCAUAUUGUCGGCUUCUAUGGUGCCUUCUACAGCGAUGGAGAGAUCUCAAUCUGCAUGGAGUAUAUGGAUGGUGGUUCGCUUGAUUUAAUCCUGAAGAAAGCUGGACGAAUUCCUGAGUCAAUUUUAGGAACAAUUACAUCAGCAGUGUUAAAGGGUUUGAGUUAUCUCCGUGACAAGCAUGCCAUAAUGCACCGUGAUGUGAAACCUUCAAAUAUCCUCGUGAACAGCAACGGGGAGAUCAAGAUCUGUGAUUUUGGAGUCUCGGGUCAGCUGAUCGACUCGAUGGCUAAUUCAUUCGUUGGUACGAGAAGUUAUAUGUCGCCUGAGCGUCUCCAAGGCACUCACUAUUCGGUUCAGUCAGAUAUCUGGUCGCUGGGUCUCUCGCUGGUGGAAAUGGCAAUAGGCAUGUACCCAAUACCUCCACCCGAUCCUAAGACACUAGCUGCCAUAUUCGGUGGACAGAAUGAAGAUCAUUCGCCAGGGCAGGCGCCUAAUUCGCCCCGUCCCAUGGCGAUAUUCGAGCUGCUCGACUACAUAGUGAACGAGCCACCGCCCAAGUUACCCACGGGGGUGUUCUCCGACCAGUUCACGGACUUCGUGGACCGCUGCCUUAAGAAGAACCCCGAUGAACGGGCUGAUCUUAAAAGUCUUAUGAACCACGAGUGGAUCCGGCAGGCGGAAGGCGAGCGCGAGGAUAUCGCCGGCUGGGUCUGCAAGACCAUGGACUUGAUGCCCUCCACACCUAAUUCCAAUGUGUCUCCUUUUUCUUCAUAAGCUGCAAGAAGUGCAUACUUUCAUCAGCGAAAAAGGGUCAAAACAUUUCCCAAGAGAAAGCGGGCGAUACAAUCAGUGAGGAUGCGAGCGACGAGUAACCCCUGAGCCGCGCUGUCUCAACUCUAGAAAACCAUUACACACCACACGACCACACACACAGACAAACAUACGACCGAACGACAUCCGCCCAUUCCUUGUUGAGAGACGUGUUCCCAUAAUCGAUUUAUUAGUGUUUUUCCAGACUCCAUGUUAUUGUAAUAAGUCCGUUCUUUAUAAAAAAAAAUAUGAGAAGUUGAAGUCGUUUCAAUAUUUUAUGAAAAUUAAUUUGUUUCACUUUCCGUUUAAUCUACAUAAGAUUGUGUUUCAAAUGUAGAACGUUGUUAAUUUGUAAACUCUCGAUAUCAAUUAAACGGAAAUUGUUACAGAUGAAAUUGAGGGUAGUUACGUAAACGGUACUUCCUAAUCAUAUACCAGCUAUACGAUUACGUGAGGUUACAAGUUGGUUACGUCAACGGUCAGGGUGUGAUACUAAAACAUUGUGCAUUCGAAGUCAAUUUGUCAGGGGGUUUAGGGAAUCUAACAUCUAAGCAAAUUAAAUGGUCAUGUAGAGUUGAUUUCACUAGUUGCAAGUCGAUAAAAGUUGUUAGUAGUGUUUUGACAUAUUUUUCUUUGCUGAAAGUGCGUGAUUCAUGUCAGCUGGUUCUUGUUAUUAAAUAUAGUAUGACAGAUUUUAACUGUCAAGUAUUGGAAUACUCAAACGGCCGCGUUCCGAAUUCACUCGCGCAGGCGUGGGAGCGUUCCAAAACUACGCCUAGUGUACUUGUAAAAUGCAUUUUCUUAGUAAAUACACAAAAAAAUGAAAACGAGAAAACUGAAAAAAAAAAUAUUUCGUAGAUACGUUUUUCUACUUUGACGUGAUGCACUUUAUAGUUUUGAGUUUUUAACGCUUUGUUUUAGUGAGCCCCGUAUUUCACCCAGCACUUAUUAUGUAGACUUCGAAGUGUAAAUGAUUUCAUUCGCGAAUGAACGGUCAGAUCUCCUUCCAGUAUUUCCGUAUGUUUUAGUUUAUCGCACGUGUUUCGCUUGGCUGAUGUUAUUUUGCAGUUUAUUUGCACGGUAUGUUAUGGUGUGUUUUUGGUUUCAAAUAUGUUGAAUGUUUUUUGUUUAUUUAUUUUGUAACUAUUUUUUAUUGUUCAUAUUGACUCUGAUGUAUUUUGAUUUUAUUAAUGUAUGACAAUUGACAUAGCAUUAUGAUUUUUAUUAUAUAAAUAUAAUAAUGACUUCUAUUUGGUUUAAUAAUUUUUGACAGCAUUUAAAAAAAAUGUAUUAUAAAACAUUAACAAAUCAACAGACGCGUGUUUUGCAUCAGCUGUCGUAUGAUUGCGACGUUGCCGCUUUUACAAAAUAAAGUAUUUGUCAUAUGUGACUUUCAUUAAAUUUUAUUUAUUAUUUAUAGACUUAAAGUUAUAUUUUUACUUUAGUAAAGUAGUUCCAAAUGCAUUUCAUUAGUUCAUAUUUAUCUGUAUGCUUAAGUAUUAUCUGAUCUAUAGAUACAUUGUGUUAUUGCAGUCAUCCAUUGUUAUAUUAUGUGACGAGACACAUUUCAUACUGUCUAAGUGAACUUUUAUAUUAUUUAAAUAUUUCUAGAACUUUUAAGUAUAAUUAUUAUAUUAUAAAUUGAAUUGAUUGUAAAUAUUGGUAUCACAAAUUUUUUAUUAGUAUAUUUUAGGAAAUUUAUAAAAUACCUACGAGGAGUGAGUUAUUGGCGUUUUAAAAUGUUUUUAUAGUGGUUAAGUUUAAUUAAAGUUUACACAGCUCAAUAAAGACUUAAGCUUGAUGUCAGCAGCUUAGUUUUGUUUAAUAAUAAGGCUCUUUCAAACUUAGCCCUCCAGUUGUUCUGAAUUUUGUUUUUUUUUUAGCAGCAAAGCAGACAAACAAAGGCUACGUCUAACAAAUUUUACAUUCUUGCAAAUUAUGAUUGUAAAAUUGUUAGAAAGACAUGUGUGAGGUACAGGUUAUUAUAAUAUACACAACUCCAUAUAAAAUCUACACGCAUCGACAUAAUAAACAUCUAUUAGUGCAAAUUAUACCGUACUGUCUUAACGUAAGGUUCAAUUUGAAAAAGCAAAGCGGCGUCGCGCUCGUUCAUUAUGACUCAAAAAAAAACAUGUUAUGUUAAUUUCUUUACUAAAUAUUCGCAACGACAAAAUAGAGAUGAAAAUAAUUAUUAUUAACUGAAAAUAUGAAGUCUAGCGUUCGCACGUUGGCCGUACUUCGACCACACAGUUUAAAAAAAAAAACAAUUGUGGCCAUAUUUCUCUUGCCGUUGCGAUUGUUACCUUUUAUGUGAUACAUAUUUGAUCGUAGAAUUUACUAUAGUGAUACCAUACCUUGGAAAUGGAGAGAUCAUUCACAUUCAUGAAAUAGUUUUAUUUGCACGAAAAUUAUAAUAUUUAAAAAAAGUUUUUUGCUGCCACGUGUGAAGGAUUUCCUCUCCGAUUGGUUGGUGAGCUGUUCUGACUUUCAAUAUGAUUUUUGAAUGAAAAUAUUUGAAUUUAAAAUGAAUGAAAUCUUUAAAUCAUUGUUGUUCGAAAGGUAAGAGAGUGGCAAUUAUCAAUCCCUUUAACGUGUUUAUUGAGCUGUGUAGCUUGUAUAUAAAUGGCAACGAAUAAUAUGUGGGCAAGUUUACUACAUGUUGAUGAUUGAUAAUGAUGAGACAGUUCGACUGACGUAAAAUGACUUAUGUAAUUCACGCUGCGAAAAUUCGUCCGUGGUUUCAGAAAUAACAAUAGUAAAUGUAAUGUGUAGUCUUAGAUUAAGGAUUGGACUCCGCUGCGCUCAAGAGCGCGUGGACGUACUCAAGCCAGUCUCGAACGAUGUGUGACGUUAACGUGCCACAUAUUCUGUAAAGCUUUGCUUAUAAUUGAAACUAAAAUGCCGGGUUGUGUAAUUAAAAUCUUGUAAAAAUAAUAUGUAGUCCGCGAUGGACUCCUAAACUAAUGAACGUAUCUUAAUAGGGAUUACUUUAUGGAGUGCAGGUUAGUCAAACUUGAGAGAUAGGAUAGUUUUUAUUUCGAUUUGGGACCCAUAAUUAUUUUUAUUUUCAAUAUUUGUUUUGUAUGAGAGAAUUUAGUGACGCACGGUUUGACAGUUCCGCUGUGAAACAAUUUCAUUAUAACAACAGUGAGCAUUUUUUACGAAAUAAUUCUUGAUGUUUUGAAAUAUUAUCGGCAAAUUCCUAUAAAAUAGUAUUUUUUUAUUAGAUAUCUACAGAAAAACGUCGGUCAGCUAGUAAAUUAUAAAAUUUUAAAGAUGCCAAGUGAGGUCAAGUUGCCACGCAUCUUUUCAAAUAGCCAAUACACACUAUACUAUAAAGUUGCCGUAACAAAAAGCUAUUGUUCUUAGGUAGUACGGUAUCUAGUUGAAGCGCAGUGGAGACCAAUCCUUAAUCUAAGUGUGUUAACACAAUACUCUAGCAUUUUAUUAGAUUCUUUUAAAAUUUUAAUAUGUUUUAUAUAAUUACUGUAGCAGUCGGCCACGACAAUUCUCUGUUAAAAUCUUUGCAAUUUAAUUAAUAAUUAUAUGCCUUAAUUUUUCAGAAUGAAACGAUAUUAUCUUGUGAUUGAUUGCUGUUUUAGUAUAAAAAAAUAAACUUCAUAGCUAAAUUCUAAUUUAAUUUUUAUUAUAACUGAUUCGCAUUUAAUUUGGGUAUCGUAACCUAACCCGUGUUUUGUUUUUGUUUUUAAAGUAAAUAAUUAAUUGUAAUCACACUUUUGUGUCAUUUAUUUGUUCGGAAUCUUACUACAACAUGUAGUAAUUAUCCCGAGCGGUAGGAUUUUCGCGGCGGUAAUUCCGCUAAACACCAAAACAAAUUUAGUCGAUUUAAUGUUAGUGUAGUAUUAUUUUAUAUUAGCUUUUUAAAUACAGGGUCUGUUUGUCCAAUUCAUUGUAUUUAUUUUGCUGUUGAAUAAGUAUCGCGGAAAUACUAGAAAUAUAAACGAUGCAUUUUGUUUUAAAUAAAUAGUAUGCACACGAGACCACGUUGUCUUCCUAUAGCUAUUUAAAUAUGUUAAUUGUAUGUUUUUGUCGCUGUUUUUGAAAGUGUAUGGUAUGUCUGCCGCGUUUAUUUUGAUUGGGCCAUAUUCAUAGACUAUGUUACAUGUUAAUUUGACUGUAACUUGUUUAGCUCUUUCCUGAUGCUUAUAUUUUUAUGGAAUGGGACAAACAAGAGAACUAUUCAUUUGGUAGUAACUGGUGAACGACGCCAAUGUAAAAAUAGUUGCUUUUGUUGCAACAAAUAAGAAACUACAAUAGAGCUAUCGGCUUUUGUUGUAUUUGUUGUUAUUAGCAAAUAUUUAAAUUAAGCGUGCAGCUCAACUUAAUAUACUUUGAGGUGCGUACAAGGGCGUAGCGAGGUACGUGUAGGGGGGGGGGGGGGGGGUGAACCGCUGCCCGUACCUAGAAAAUGCAGAAAUACCCACAAACCUUAAAGUUAUAUGCCAGGCGAUAUUUAUAAAAUUUUAUGUACUAUGAAUGGUUGAAACUAGGUUCGCAUUUAUGUUAGAAUCUUCAUUGAAUCUUGGCUUGUCUACGCUCUUUAACAAAUUUCUAGCUACGCCCUUGGGUAGGUACCUCAGCUCUGGUACGAUAAGGACUGACUUAGGGACGCCAUCUUGUGUAAUGUCACAAUUGCUGUGGCACUGGCAUUAAGUCAGUGCUUACAUAAGUAUUUCAAUCAUUUUUUUUGUACUUGUUGCCAAGAUGGUAUCCGAUAGUCGUUUAAAGUUUUUAUUUUUGAAGGCUCGCAAAAUACUGUUUUGUGUUUUAAAUGUUUUUGGUAACAGCAAUCCAAUGUUCUGAUAAAUGUAAAAACCGUCAACACCACAAGGGAGUGAAAUAUUCGCACCACGCACUUCUAUAGUGGCCUCCUCACGGCCAUACGAGUGGCUAUUGCGAGCUAAACGUUACAUAAUUUCCGUAGCGAUCUCUCGCGGUCAUGCGGAUAUUCCGUAGCGUAUCGCAGCAGUCACGCAUAGAGACCGUAGCGUAUCGCCGCGGUGACUUGUAGACAUCGUAGCUUAUCGCCGCGGUCAUGCGUGGACACCGUAGCGACUCGCCGUGGUCACGUGUAGACACCAUAGUGUGUCGUCGCGGUCACACGUAGAUUCCGUAGCGAGUUGCCGAGGUCACGUGUAGACACCAUAGUGUGUCGUCGCGGUCACACGGAGAUUCCGUAGCGAGUUGCCGAGGUCACGUGUAUCACGCCGAGAUUCGGUAGUGCGCCGUCGCGGUCAAACGGAGAUUCCGACUCGCUGAGGUCGAUACACUGACGUGUAAUCAUGGUCUUGUGGAGGGCUUAUAGCGUCGUCCAAAAUGCACUUUGCAUUGUGUUCUAUAUUAAAGUGUUAUAAAGUUAAUAUACCUUCCUUUAUUCUACAGUAUUCAAAUAAUUGCAUAUUCAUUAUAGUUUAUCAUCUUCUACUAUUACAAUCAUGUGCGUAAUUGCAUGUUGUAAAAUAUAGUAGUAUCAAUACGACUUUUUAUUUUGUAGCUAGCUUUUUAUUAGAAAAUAUAAUUGUACAAAUAAAUGUUAAACAAAA